AUGGAAUCAGAGAGACCCACGGAAUUAAUCACGAGGCUACAUUGCUCUCCUCAUGUGAUCGUCAGAGCACCGCAUAUCUCAAUGAAUGGAGAAAAUCACGAGGCUACAUUGCUCUGCUCAUGUGAUCGUCAGAGCAACGCAUAUCUCAAGGAUUGGGGAAACGCACAAAAGGCCACGCGCAUACGCACGUAUUGCUAUGAAACGGGUAUGGAACGUCAUGGACCACUGAGCAAAAGGAGGGACGAUAUCGUGGCAGAAUUGACAGUGUCAGGCCGACACCCGUACAACGAUUCUGGAUGUUAA